UAAAAACAUGUUUCUCGUAUAAUUGCCACCAUACUCUCCAACACCAUAAUCCGUCAAUACGCAUCUCGCCAGUAAUCGGAAAACCCCUCUUCCAUUAUUAAACAACCCACAACACCACUUUAAACUAUACUUGUUUACUUUAUAAAUUUGCACCCCAACUGUUCGAUGGAAUGCCACAAUGAGAGUUAAGUAGUGUAGUGAGUUAAUUUCCAUAAAAUGAUACUAAAUAGACUUGUACAUAACCAGAUUCAUGUUCCAAAUCCUCUCAGAAUCAAGAAAGUAACUAGCUUUAUUCAUAUAGAUACGAUAUUGAAUAACUCGUUAAGUGAAGCACAAUUAGACCCUCAAUCUUCGGACUGGUGUGAAAGAGCUUUCCCGAAAUUAAUUAAGUUGACCCAUUUGCUAAAGGGUUUGGAUUUAAUCAGUGGAAGAUUGAUUAGUGUUAAUGAUAAACGUGUUUUGAAUGACGAGUUUCUUAUGCAAUGUAUGCAUGAUUUUAAGUCUAUUAGUACAGCCUUUAUUGGGUACCAUUGCUUGCAGGAUGCAGUAUCGACAACGGGUAUUAUUACACCUAGUCUUUGUGUUAACAAGCCGAUUUAUAAAGAACCUUUUUCUAUGAAUUCUCUUAAGAAAGUAUGUGAUAUUUUAGUUGUAUCUGCUCAACAGAGAAAGUUAGUGCGGCUUGCAGUAUGCCCACAAGUCACACAAUAUCAGAUAUGGACGGGUGCCCUUAUGGAAAUAUUGAACCAACUAAAAUAUGAAAUGAGUGUUAAUGAUUAUGCGCGUAGUACUAAAGGUGAUAACAUGGCUCAACAAAUAGUGGUUAAUUGUCUUAGGUUCUUGGAUGACUUCGAGUCCUAUGAUCCUGAUGCAACUUCAUGGAUGCGGAUUGCACCUAAGAAGGGUGCAGAGUCACCACCUUCAGCUAAAUGGGCAGAUUUGCUUGAAAUGUUUGAUGAUUUAAUUACCUGUUUAAAGAAUGAUCACAAGUUUCAUUUUUAUCUCAUAAAGCUUGAAAUCAUGAAAGAAGGGUUGGCGCAGAUUAAAGAUGUUUUGGUAGAUAAAAAUAUUGGAUACAAAGAUGCUCGACACCAACAAAGUUUAGUUCAAAAGAAAUUGACUAAAUCAUUGGGUCAUUCAUCUCGAUGUUUGUUCACGCUUCUGUCGUAUUAUCUGUAUGGUACUAUUCAAGAUAUUGAGUUUGACAUUUGCUGUUGGUUUUCCGAGGAUAUUGGCGGGAAUAAGUUUUAUGUGUGUGUUGGGAAGAUUUUGACAUCCGAUGGAGAUAAAAUGAUAAGGCGUGCAGUCAAGCAGUUGUAUAGGGCCAUUGGUGUUAUUAAGUUUGUGUAUGAAAUUGCGGAAAUGAAAGAGGUUUUGGAACUUCAAGGUCAUAUAUGGUGCAUAGGGUCGGAGAGCAGAUCAAUUGCAUAUAGAGGGCAUAAGUUUUUCAUUCAUGAAAUUAGUCUCUGAUAAAUGAUAUAGCCGAAGACAUUAGAUCAAAGUGAAUUCUUCAUUAAGACCAUUAUCAAGCAUUCAAAUUGAAAUUAGUAUACUUGAUGGAGAUGAUAUCGUUGCUAGAAGUACUACUAAGAGUAAUUAGAUUAGAAAUCUUUACUUUCCCAUCACUUGGGUAUGGUAUUUUUAAGAGAAACAACUUGAAGAAGAACAAAAUUGUAGUGACUGAAUAUUAUGUAAGACAAAACUAUUACUGCUUCCAUGUAACAAUUAUUCAUAAGU